AUGGCACCACCAUCCCCCAGACGAUCCUCCAGAGCCCGCACAAGCAAUUCACAGUCACAGCAAUCCUCCUCGGCAUCAUCUACGACCUCCGGCCGUAUCGAACGCAAUACGAGAUCCGGAAACAAACCCUCCUCAGGCAAAUCGACCCCGAGCGCAUCCCUGUCGUCAGAGCCGCCCGAAGACCUUGACGACACCCACCUGCUUCGCCGCCGACGACGCGGCUACGACGAAGAUCGAGAUAAACUAUCGAGACAAGACUCUGUAGAAAUGGCCAACGGAAGCGAUGAUAUUCAAGAGGAUGACGAGGCCGUCCGCUGCAUUUGCGGGUUCGACGACUACCCUGGCCCUCCACCCCUUGACCCCGAAACCAAACAAGCGAGAGACGCCCCAGACUCCAUAAUAUUGACUGCUCUCGAUGUCACAGACGACAUAUCUGGCUUCUAUGUGCAAUGCGAUAUCUGCAAGGUAUGGCAGCACGGAGCCUGUGUCGGAAUCAUGACAGAGGAGAGCUCCCCCGACGAAUACUUUUGCGAAAAGUGUCGGAAAGACCUGCACAAAAUUCACAAGGCUAGCAAUGGCCAGCGAUAUUCGACCUACCUACCUCUCCACCGAGCAACGCGAGCCUCCCGAUCUGCCUCAAUCGCCAAAGAGGGUGCCCGCUCGCCGAAAACUGGGACUGGCAAAGCGGAGCGGACAUCCUCAGCCUCACAGACCUCGAAGCGACGCUCGACAAUGAACAGCCGCGAGGCCGCAUAUGAUGAAGAAGACCAAUUGCGCCGUGCUAUCGAGGCGAGCAAAGAGUUAGUAGUUGUACAGGACGAGAUCUCCACAAGACGCAACAAGCGCGGCCGGAGCGAUAGCGAAGAGAACUCCACGAGCGUCAAAAGGCAGCGAACGAGCUCGCGGUCGCCAUCGCCCCCUUCCGAUCCUCCGAAGAGCGAUAUUCAGGAUGAUUCGGAUGAUGGUGCAGUCACAAGGAACGGCUCCUCCAAAAAGUCCCGCAGCUCCCGCUCACAAAAAGAAAAAUCCGAGCGGGAAGAGCGAGAGCGGCUCCGACAGGAGGCGGCAAACAAGAGGAAAGGUCGUGCAGACCGUAGGCGUGGCGAAGGCGCCGUAGCGACGGUUCCUGAGAAGGAGUCAAGCACUCAACCCGACGUCGAUUCCGACCCCUCAGAGGAGAUACCUCUUGCCGCCACCCGCGCAGCUAGUAGCAAGCCAGCCGAGGUCCAGCCAAGCGUCGAACCGCCCGCCCCGACACAACCUACCCCCGACACUCCGCCGCCCGGAAAUCCCCCGCCGACCACCACCAGCACACACAAGAAGAGCGCGAGGAGCACGCAUAAGAAGACGAAGGGGCGUAACCAAUACACGAAAGACCGAGACAAUGAUGCUGACCGGUCGCCUGUACGGUCAAUGUCUCGAGAUACCCCAAGACAUGACGAACCGAGUAACGGCGGCCAUAAGACUGACCGACAUAGCUCCAAGUCCAAGUCUGGUCCACACAGCAAGAUAUCUCUCAAUGAGCUCAAACGGCGGUCGGCGGCCUUCCUGGACUUUAUUGCAAAGACCCAGGUGGAACUCGCGUCCGAAGACCUCACCGAAUUCAAGCCUACCCCGGAGAAUGCAGAGCAGCAAGACAAGCGAAACGGCACGCCACAGAUACAAAUUAACGGCGGUUCAAGCUCGGCUGUGGUGAACUCGGAGGAACCUGCAGCGUCACCAGCCUCUCAAGUCUCGACCUCGAAGGGUUUCAAGGAGCUGAACUGCGUGGAGAUGAUGGACUUGCUGACAAGGGAUCUCGUGAAGUGGCAAAACAGAUACACGUCAUGA